AUGGAAAGCGACGACGAGCUCGACUACGACGACGGCUACAACGAUGAACACGACGAUGAGCAGGACGACGGAUUCGACGGAAUGGAAUACGGCAAUGAUCCCUACGAGGACUGGGACCCCUACGAAGACGACGACGACGACCUCGACCCUCUGCAGGCCGCGCCAGACCAUCUGAGCGCGGUACGCAACCUUGCCAUGCUUUAUUCCCGCCUCGACUUUGGCGAAGACGUCCCUUCGACCAAGCAGAUUGUCCAGGAACUUCGCAGGCAGGACGAGCCCGUGGCGCAGCUUGACGCCUCGUUCCUCGAGCUCGGCAGCCAAAAGACCGCCGCGCUCCUCUCUCUGAUCGCGUCGUACCCAGGCACCUGGAACCAAUCGGGCCCCUCUGUGCAGCUCAUCGACUCGGCCGAUGCCAGUCAGGACCAACAGAGGCACCAAUGGAGGAGGGUCGAGCACCUGGCCACCAUCUCGGUCAAGUCGCACCGGCCGCAACCCGACUUUGGCCAGCUGCGCUGCCUCACGCUCAAGGCAAAUGAGCUGCACGACGAUUGCCUAGCACCACUCUCCCUCUACAUCCAGCAGGCCCACUCCCUGCAAACUCUCAGCCUCGUCGGCAAUGAGUUGGGCUCGGAUCCGGUCGCUUUCGGUGCCUUUGGCCGCUCCGUCGCUCACUCGGGGAUCCGCAGCCUCAACCUCAGCACCAACCCCAUCCAGCCUCGCUCCCUCGCCAGCCUGCUUAGCUCCCUUCAGCACGAAGCGAGCUGCCUCGAGGUCCUCAUCCUCAGAGAUGUCCAAAGCCGCGGAAAGCCAUGGAAGUCGGAGUCAUGGCGGCUCGGCGACGAGAUGCUGGCCGCCGCAAGGGCCAUUGCAGACCUCAUCUCCGUUGACUCCAAGUGCCGGCGCCUCCGCUCCUUCGAAUUUGGCCGAAACGACCUGGAUCAAGAGGCGCUGCGCUUGAUCAUCGCUGCCUGGGUCGGAAGCGUGUGGGCCCUGCGCGAAGAACUCAGUCUCUCGGAGCUCAAGACGCUGGCCGCUGUCGAGGGCGAGCGCGACUGGGAUCAGCUUGUCGCCAGGACCGAGAGACGACCGAACCGCAGGCUAACAGUGCUCGACCUGGAUGUCCGCGUCCCGCGACUGGGCGGCGAGAUCAACAAGCGCGACCUGCCGAAAGGCACGCUACAAGGCUUCCUGAGGCAAGGAUCACCGGACCGAAGGCGGCACGUCAUUCGCUAUUUGCGGCGUCAGUACGGCAAGGGGCUUGGGGUGGCGCUCCCCAAUCCCGAAUCUACAGCCACGCAGGCGGAGGCGGUCAGCGAUGCGCGUUCCUGCGAGGCCGAGCAGCACAGCGACGAUGGAGACGACGCAGCCGCCCUCACGUUCAUCGCCGAAGCAGGGGGCGAUCCGACGGCGUGGGGCGAGGAGUUCGCCUAUGUCCUCGCCGUCGAUUCGGGCGUCCACCUGGUCGACUACGAUUCCAUCACGCUGGCUAUGGAGACGGUGACUUCUAUCGACAAGGCCGAUUUCCGGAAGGCGGCGCUGUACGUCGUCAAGGCUGCCAGGGUCCUCGGGUGCCGUGCCAGGCAGCGUCCGGCCUCGGAAAUCGGCCACGGGACGCCGAGCCUGGCGCGGUUCUGGAGCUUGCCGCCGGAGCUGCAGCUUCUCGUCGUCCGCAAUCUCGACUCCGAGGGCGUGCUGAGCGAGCGGCAGUUUCUCGAGGUCGUCAGCUUCGCACAGGAGCCGUCGACGAUUGGCUAUGGGAGGGCCGACUUUGACUGGACCAAGGUGCUCGAACACUCGCCCUAUGCGUCCGCGCCCUCGGCACCGGCGAUGGCCCAGGCUGCAGCUGCACCUCGGUCCCGGUCGCCAGCGCAGCAAGAGGGGGGCGCACCGUGUCGGCUUCCCUGCCACAGGUGGUCGUGGGACGACUGCUUCAAGCAUCGGUGCAGGGCGCUCGACUGGCCCACGGUCGACCUGCAUCCGUGCUCCUACGACCUGCCGGGCGCUGGGCCGGACCUGGUGGCCUUCUGGCGAGCGACGUGCACGGAUUCGCCCGACCCGCUGGCGAAGUUUGUCGGAGAGGCGCUGGGCCCCGUGACCGAGGCGGAUCUCCUCGAAGGUCAUGCAAAGGAAAUGGCCGAGGCCUCGCGCGGGCCCUGGCCUUUUGCAGACAGAGAUGGCUGGGACUAG